GAGCGCGGCACGAGGCACGCCGGCCGAUAGAGUGAAGGAGACCAGAUCCCGGAACUACUGGACAAGUCAGUGUCUGUUUGGAGCGACGGAGAACACCACGAAGAGAAGGGCUUCCGCGGGCAGGACAUCAGAGAGUAGAGGACAACCGAGGACAGAGGAGAGGACCGGACAGUAUCAGCCGCUAAGACAAAUACACCCAGACUUUUCUGUGACUUUACCUACACCCGUGUUGACAUCACAAUCAUCAUCAUCAUCAUGAGAGCGACUCUUUCCCUACUUAUAACUAUAUGUGUACAACUUCCCGCCGGUCUAACGAUACCUGUCAAGAGAGGUGAUUUACUGAAGAGACAGUCCGAGACACCAGAUGAUGGACAACUUGGUUGCAUCAGUAUGAAGCGGGCUGCCGGGGAGUACUUCUACGUGUCUGACGGGUCAAGCGAGGUGUGCGGGAUGUACAUGCUCGGCCAGCCGGACACUCUCCUGCAGAUUGAGUUCACCCAGUUCACCAUUGAGUGUGAGACCGGGGGUCUCGUGGCGCUGGUGGACGGUUGGGAGCUGCAGUCGGAGUUCUUCCCCAACAUCCAGGACACGGGGGAUACGUUCGAGGCACGAUACAAGACAUUCUGCGGGGUCAACUCACCGGCGCAAGUUUACGUGGCGUCGCAGAACGUGGCUCUCAUCCAGUUCCGGGUCCCUGAGGCAGGUCAGGGCUUCCGGGUACGAAUGAGCUACCUCCACAACCCUCAACCGUGUAAUGUGAUGUUGAUGCCGACUGCUGGGGUGGUGACGCUCAAGAACUACGGCGAGAGACGUAACUGCACCGCUUCAAUCAUCUACCCCGAGAACAUCCUCAUGCUGUCCGUCGACAUCGGCGUCACGUCCCGGGGUACCACGGUCGCCACCGAGAGCGGCCUGUCUGUCAGAUGCCACAACGAGGCUGGUGCUGAUUACGUGGAGUAUCUCUAUGGUAACGGUCUGGACGUCAGCUACAUGGGACGGAAGAGAGCUUUUUGUGGACUCCGAUCAAAAGCAGACCGGCGCAGUGUGACCCUGGGCUGCCAGAACUCUGCCGUGAGACUCGUGUCUAGUGGCCUUUACUACAACUCCAUCACAUUCUCGCUCUCCAAACCGACGGCCGAGGAGAUCGCCGCCUUCAGCCCUCAGUGUUAAUAUGUCAGAGUCGCUAUGUGUUGGCUUCUACAUCAGCCGAUCUACCAAAAGGAAGUCAUACUUUACCGUCCUUGAACCCAUUUCACUAGGUGACCUUGACCCUUGGGUCACGUGAUUUAAGUGGACGAAUGAAGUGAUACUAUCUGUAAAACUGUCUGAUGAGUGUUAAGAACAGUGGCCCCUACAAUGCUAAUACGAUGAAGACCGACAUUGACGUGAGUACAAAUGGAUGAUUAUUCCUGCACAAGGGAUGUCACUUGGAUUCUUCUAAUCGGCAUCAUACAGCUCUCACAACGUUUUGACGUCAUAAACAGGGGUCAGUGAAAUACUCCAUGCACUGAUGACGUGUGCAAAGCAUUAUGACGUCAAAAUCACCACGACUGUGACGUCACAAUAGAUUGCUGUAAAAUGGACUUAUUCUUGUUGUACGAUCAGACACAUAUUGUCUUCUCUGUAGUGUGUUGGCUCACAGUGUUGGGAGUACUUUAAUUGUCAUUACAAUAACAAAAUUCGUAUCGUUUUCAACUUCGGAGUGCACUGACUGCUAGAUUCUAAUUAUCACGCUCAUUUCGUGUCUACUACAACAUUGUGUAAACGUCAUAUAAAUAUAUACAUAUCGUCAGUAAUAUUAACUGUGUAUCAUUGGGAGUCGACUCUGCCCAACAGCCCCCGAUGUCAUUGUACAUUGUACUUCAUACUGAACGGAAUAAAGUGGAUUGUACAAACGUC